AUGGUUACGGAUUUGGAAAACAAAGAUGAGUAAUUUCGUGUACAGAAUCAGUACUGCGCAGGAGUGGGAGGCGUUGCAGAAAAAUGGGUCCACUUUCGGUGGGGAGCUUGAUAGGUCUUCCGGUUUCAUCCAUCUCAGCAAGCUCGACCAGGUUCGGCCAACACUGCAGAAUUUUUUCUUGAACAGCAAGUCGGAACUCUACCUGCUUCAAAUUGAUGCUCAAAAGCUUGGUGAUGGUUUGAUUUAUGAAAUUGUGGAUGGUUCAAACAGCUUCCCUCAUUUCUAUGGGCCAUCUAGAAGCUUUGUUCCUCUCUUACUUGAUGCUGUAACAAAGGCGGAGAAGCUGAUUCCCUCAGAUGGUGGAUUCAGUUGUAGUUUGCUUGAUUAAUUACUCUCCUGAUCGUACGUCAUCUUCUUCUUGUCUCAUUCUUCUUUGUAUUGUGUGAGGGUGUAGCGGGAAUGCUUGCUGCCUAUAUCUAUCUCUGUAAUUGAUGUAUCGAACUUUAAUCCUUUCUUAUUGACGGAAAUGGAUGCUCUGAUAUUACUAUUAGAAUCCUAUAUGGCUUCAUUGUCCGUAUUUUGUUUACAUAACUUAAUGAACAUUCUACUUUUAUUUUCUUGA